AUGGAAGAUCGUCACUUGACUUUAUCUCAAGAUUAUAAAGUUGCAAGUGAGGUGUAUCGCCAUGUCGAUCCAUUGAAUUUUUACGAGAAUUUUUUAAACGAAGGAAUUCGACCAGAUGGCAGGAAAUUAUGUUCUUAUCGCAAAACGUCUGUUAAAGAUUUGAUAAAUUCAACAUUUUCCAGUGACGAUUUCUCAUCUAACACAAGAUCUUUUAAACACGAGUUAAACUCUAACAAACAAUUUUUAAGAGAAUUGAAAAAGGUGUUGAUUUCGUCCAUCUACUUAACUUGUGGAAAUUCACAUUACAAUUGUAAAUUAAUGGGAGAUUUGAUGAUACUUGAGGAUCUCCCAGCUAUAUUCCAAAACACUGACGUAUUCUCUGUAAGUGUUCUUUUACCGAAACACGUAGUAAACGAAGUUUAUGACAUAAACGGACCCUGUAUUAACAUUACACAUUUGGUGUCAGAUCUCAUUGAAAAGGUACUUAACUCCUCGGAAAUCGUUCCAAGAGAUCAAUUUUGCUAUGACAUUUUAACCUCAUCGCUAUUUGAAUCACAACAAGAUGACCCGAUUUUAAAAUACUUGAAUAAAAAUAAACUUAGGUGGAAGUUGAGUAUGGAAAUCGCAUGCGAUGAAUAUGAUGGAAACCUCUUGGAUAUGUGUUUUCUAGCAUGUUCAUAUUGUCUUCUGUAUUCCAAGUUCCCGUUCAUAUUACUCUAUCCUGAAUCUAAUCAGUUUUAUCCUUCAAUACUCAACAAAGCCAAAUUAGAACAUGUAUUAUCUCAGGAUAGGGAGAUAUUAUGUAUGAACAAUAGUUUUCUAAAGUGUCAAUUUGGCUCUCAAUUUUCACUCGAUCGGCUUGAAAAAUUCCUCUUAAACGAUGAUAACAAGAGAAUAUCCAUUAAUUAUGUACCAUAUACUGUAACUUUUUGUAAGUGCUUAAACUAUUAUCUAUUGGACCCAACAAGAGAGGAUGAACAAAUAGGCGUUAACUUUUCAAUAUACUCAUUAAAGAAGUUUGAUUCAGAAGAGGUUCAUCUACAACCCUUGAACCUGAUGGGACUCACAGGUGUGGUAGAUGAUGAUCUAAAUAAAAUGUACGACAUCGCACGGGUUAUUGUAAAAUCGUUCCAAUAG